CCACUAUAUUCUUCUCGAAAUAGUUGAGCAUAUUUCUUGAUUUUUUAUUCUAUCAAAGAGUAAAUUUUGCCUUGUGUUGAAUGUGGCACAAAACUCAAAACCCAACCAUGCAAUGACACGAACACAUUUUCUAUUUCAUUCAGGGGCAUAAUGGCUUCUCAUGAGGACGUGAAAAGCCGACCUGGAGGGCAGCUUUCCUUCGGCAUUGAUCGUAUCCUGGGUGGUGAGUCCAAAAAGACCUGGUCAUCUCCACUAGGCGGUUCUCCGACGGACACCCAACAACUCACGCCUGCUCAGUCCUGUUGUGAUGAAGAUAAAGACAAAGACAAAACUGUCGUCACUGCACACUCCACACGUUUACCGUCACUUGAAGAUUCAGACACUGAAAAUGAUGAAAUAAUUGUUGAGGACAGACUUCACUCUCAGCGACCCCUCAGCCGAGAGAAAUCUGAACAUUUACAGUCAGCCGUCGACGACUGUGACAGACCUGCUUCUCCUGACAGAAACCACACAGGCUGGCGCCUUAACGGGACUGGCUCCCCAAACAGACAUUCAGACUCUUCUAAUGCCGACCGAAUCCCUCGUUUACUUGACUCUACGUUGUCAAUAUCUCUUCCUCUUGACCACAGAGGAGACAGAUUCACAAGUUCUGAAUAUAAUCUAUCACACGGAGCACAGAGUCGGACAGAUAUUUUCAGCCUUACUCAAAAGUAUUCACAAGAGGAUUUGCCUCGCCACCUUCCAUUCCCAUACCCGCACGUGCAACUCCAGUACCCUCAUAGCGCUUUAGACUUGCCCGGAGUGAGGUCAGCACACCACCCGAGUCUGCCGGAGUUCCCAUUUGACGUGAGUUCCUCCUUGACCAGUGUCGGCCUCGGUCUGGGCGCGGACAGGAGACUGAGUCUCUUCAAAGUCCCCACAGACAGGCCACCCCUGCACGUCCUGCCGGCCUGGGGAGAGAGCUCUCCUGUCUGGGUGGAUGUUAGGAGGGACAGAUUUGGCUUUGGCCGUCGCCUGGGCCACAGCUACCACAGCCGGUGCCAACCCAAGAGAAAGAAACCGAGGACGUCCUUCACCAGGCUACAGAUUAUAGAACUGGAGAAACGAUUCCACAGGUACCAUAGCCAGGAUAUGGCAUAUUAUUAUCAUUUACAACAACUUUUUAUCCAUCACACCAGGCGCCAGACGGCGGAGGAGAGAGACGCGGAGCGCCAGGCGGCAACUCGCCUCAUGCUCAGCCUUCAGCACGAGCCGUCCAAGCCGAGCGCUGACCCGCUGGACCCUGUCUGUCUCAGCAACUCCUCCCUGCACGCGCUCCAGAACCUACAGCCCUGGUCAGAGGAUUCGGACAGGACCACUGUUGACCCCCUGUCGCCGUGACCGAGGUUUCGACUGUCGGGAGAUUUUUUCUUGGGUUGAAAACAAGGAGGUUCUACAGUUCUUAGGUCCUUGGUUUUGAAAACGAAAUGUUGUUCGUAAUUCGAGCUAGGUAUGUGUUUUGAUUGAGAGAUGAACGAUAAUGAAUCACGGAUACCACCAUAUGUUUCCAUUGAGAGGUGAACAAUCAAGGACCGCAGAUACAACUAUAUUAUGUUUUGGUUGAGAGUUGUGUGUUAGAGCACCAAAACUACCACACGUUUUGACAUAAAAGCGUAUGUUAGAACACAGGAGUUACCAUGUUUUGGCAAAAAGAAGUAUGUUAAGGCUACCAUUUUGUGCUUUAACACAGCGGCGUUUGUAAAAAAAAAAAAAAAACCC